AUGCCGACCUGGGCGCUCUCGUCGGCCAGUAGCUUCUACAGACACGCCUUGAUUGAAGACAUAUCGCGUAGCGGUGGCACAAAUGACCCUGAGCGGGUCCGGGACUGGUUCCUUCGAUAUCUGCUAGAGCCGGAGCCCCUGACCGUGAGCGUGACUCACGACGAUCCCAGAGGUGACAACGACGGCAGCUCAUCGCUUCGUAACCUCGCCGCUAUCGCACAUGUCGGGAAUUCCAGCGUGUCGGCUAGGGUGGCGGCGUUCCAUGGGUCGUCCGGCGUGUGUCGAAACGGGCUGUACUGCAUGCCUUAUGAAUCGACACUAUACCUCAACCAGGAGCGCGGUCCCCAAACCCUCAACGAACUGUACUACAGGAGCUUCUACGAUCUAAUGCAGUGCGAAAUUGUAAACGCAAUUGCGCUUAUGUAUACCUGGGGACGCAAACGCACGAUGCUGCUCAAACCGACUGGCGCAGCCAAUGGCGGCAUCGAGGCCGUUGAAGUGAAAACAAAAAGUGGAGACGGCACCAUCGAGCUGGAGACAAAUGUGCGUUUCAAAGUGUACCCUUCAGGUAUAUUUUACCCAAAACGGCGGGCAAAGAACAGAGAUCCCAAUGCCGAAGCCUCCGAUGCAGAAAGUGAAGGUUCAGAUAGCGACAGUAGCGAAUCGGACGGCGAUUCUGCAGAUGAAGAAGAUCAACAACAAAUGGGGCAAGAGCCUGGGUGGCGCAUAAAAAUGCCAUUUGAGAGGCACGUAAAUCCACAGCGAGGCAUGUUUGAAGCGGGGUACGACUUCUCAAACGGCUACUUCGCUCCGUACGUAGAGGCGGAACCCCCAUCUACGGGGGACACUGAAAAGCCAUAUGUUCCACAAAUAUAUCGCAGUUGGAAGAAUGUUUCAUCCCGGGAUAGCCACAUUCUGGAGCUUAAGGCCAGCGCCAACAUAAUGUACGCACGCAGCUUCAACGGAUUUUACGUCGGCAGAUGUGUGGAACAGGGUCGUGACUGGCACGUGGAAACACUAAAUAACCAGCAAUACGGUGACCGGGACAAAGUGUACUUUAUGCACCCCAACCCCUUUAUCCCAUCGGAAUGCGCCAUGCUCGUCAGCAACACGCUGCUACUCUAUGACGCUUCGCAGAGCAAGGAACGCAAGCACCUGACACUAAAGUUGCCUGCAGAUGUAGGACAAACUGUAACGGAUGUUGUACACACAGUGUCAUUUGGAAUGCACAUGAACGAGCUUAUCCUUGGAGGGGACCGGUUGUACAUGCUGGAUAUGCGCACUGAUAAGAUCGAGGACCUUCUGGUUAAGGCAAACAAGGAAAUAAGUGUGACUUCAACGAGGUGGACGGAGCGCCUGUACGAACCCACCACCACAGCGAACCGUAACUUGGCAGGGGCUAGUUGUGCCUACUCUCACUACUGGAAAAACAUAAAACCCAGCUAUUGGGACGCCUUCACAGCAAUCGCCGUGCACCCAAUAUAUCGACACAUACUGGCCUGCGUCUGUGGCAGGAGCAACUGUAUUUACAUCUGGGACCUCCGAGUGCCGGUCAAGCCGGUCUUGGAGAUACCGCUCCCGGCAGCGGAAUACCUGGGUGCACGGUUCAGGGAGCUAAUAUGGUCAGCAGGCGAAGAUGUCAACGGUGAAUCCACUUUGGUUGCGUUCAGCUGGCGACAGCGGUACCCAAUAACUUGUAGAUUCCGCAUUAACCGCACCAUCACCCGAUUCGUGCAGGAAACGGGCCCCGGAAAGGAGCGUCAGUUCUGGAACGAUUGGAUGGAUCUGUACGAUCCGGUUAAGCAGAAACAACUGGACAGGUUGCGGGGUGUACGACCCUGUAAGUUGGCAAAGCUAGAAGCUGGAAGACCGCCUCGAAUUGCCAGAGUGGGUCCGGUGCCCAAGCAGAAAGAGGCAUAUGAAAGCAUGGAUGAUUAUAUGGAUGCCAUGCCUAUGCAACAACAAGAGGAUGCGGAGCACGAGCAACAAGCGAAGCCGCGUACCGCUAAUGUCCCCGGCACAAACGCUAACUCUACGCGGACCAAUGAAGCAGACAACCAACUUCUACGUGACUUCGCCAGCGGCAGGGUGUUCGCGGAUGAUCUUGAGCUAGCUGUGGAAGGAGUGAGACCAAUGCAAAUCAUGCGCGUUAGGAAAGAGGAUCUAGAGGCAAACAUGGACUCCGUCGGUCCGCUGAUCGAAUCCCCGUACGAUUAUCCCAACAUGAUUUUUAAAGCGCCGCAACACGAAGCUGCUGUUUCUAUAUUCCACGGCUAUUGCGGUGUCGCCGUAAUAGACUCUGGGAAGGAAAAGUUGCUGCUCGCCUGCACCACUAGUGGGUCCAUAUUCGCAAUGGACCUUGAGAUGCGGCGGCCGGUGAAAUGCCCCGUGACAAGCCGUUCCAACAACGCAGCGAAGACAACCUCCAAAGGAAGCGAGCUGUUCAAGUACGUCAGGACCCUUCAGGGGUCCGUGAAGCUGCCGAGGGAAUUUAUCACAGACGAAGUUAGGUGGAUCGUUUUACAACCCAACACCCCGGAAAUCAAAACACCGCCCAUACCGAUAGCGGUUCUGGGGUUAACUAAAACGUUCGUAGAACUGCAGGAAACCGACCAUCUGCCACUCUCUUCAGGCGAAAACACUUUUGACUCGCGAUCGCUGCUGCAGUGGCUCACCAAACAACACAUCGGUCCAGCACCCGGCUUGCAAAAGCAUGACAUCAUGUCACUUCAGGACUUUGAGCACCAUAUAGGGUCUCGCACUCACCUAGAGCAUCUGGCGGCAAAUGUCUGGGACUGCAACGACUUGAAGAUCGAUUUCGAGUACGAAGCUGAAAACAUAAACAACAAAUAUUUGGAUCCAACUCCGCCGUGCCAUUGCUUCACACCCACGAGCGCCGAUCACGACUGCAAGGUCUUGUCCUCCUAUGUAAAGGCGUUGAAGGUGAACGAUGAUGGCGAUGUAACUGUAGAACCACUUCCCGAUGCGCAGGGAGUGUCGCAACCCAAUAAGGAGCGGGGUAGCACCAUGGAGGACUGCCUUUUCCGUGCAGCAGGCAGUGUAAAGUCCACGCAGUGCAUGGGCAUAGAAGCCCAUGGGAGCAUUCACGCUAAAGAAAUCGCAAACACGGUGCUGUUUCACUCGCCGGUGAUACCUGAGAUCAACGGCGCAAACGACGUGCCCGCAGAACAGCCGAAGGAAGACGACGGCGUGCACCAUCGUUUCUGUGGAGUGGGCCAUCUCAUCGGCAUAAAACUCCGUGAUGAGCAAGUAGAUCAAAAAAGCGAGCGGAUACAACAAUUGCUAGACACAUGGAGAACGUCGGCCGAUACAGGGGAGGGGACCAUGGGAGCUGGAAUAACGCGGUUCUACAGGCCGUCCAACCAGGUGGACCUGCUCAGGCAGACUCAAAUCGAGCGCGAUAAUCUGGUGCAGAAGCUGCUUUUGCAGAGCGGGAACUAG